AUGAUAAGAUUACAGGCAGGCGGUACAGUGAUGGCAAGCAAUAAAAACAUAGAAACAGAUCUAGAAUCAAAUGAUAAUGUCAAGGCAGUUUAUACAUGCAGCAUCUGCUCUGUUGAGUACACUACAAAAGGAGAUCCGUUUAGGCACAAAGAACACGUACAUUUAGGUAAAACAGACACUUUGAAAUGUCACAUUUGUCAACGUGAACUAAGCAAUAAGCAUAAGUUGAAGAGGCACAUUGAAACAGUUCACAGGCCAAAAGAAAAUGACACAGAAUCAUGCUAUAUCUGCAAGGCGAAGUUUAAAACCAAUGGGUAUUUAGAGAGACAUGUAAGACUCGUACAUCAUCAGAAACAACUUUCUUGUGAUGUGUGCAGCCAAGAGUUUGGUGCAAAAGAGGAAUAUCGGAGACAUAUUGCUAUCCAUACUAGACCUAAGUGCUCUCUUUGCAGGGAGUCAUUUGUGUCAAUCAGACGUUUGAUAGAACAUGAAAAAACAAUUCAUGGCAAUGAAAGACCUUUUGAGUGUUCAGUUUGCAAGAAAUCUUUCAAAACUAAAGGUAACCUCACUGAGCAUCUAACAUGUCAUUCGGAUGAAAGAAAGUUUGAAUGCAAUUUAUGUCAAAAGUCUUUUGCCAGGCGACCUCAUCUUAAAGAGCAUAUGCAAAUACACAGUGAAAAAAAAACCAUUUCAGUGUACCAAAUGUGA